AUGGACGUCCUGUGCCAACUGAAGAUCAUGCUCAUCACGGCUCUCGCUCAACUGGGUCUGCUCAAAUCGCACGGUCAAGAAGGAGAGGAGGAAGAAGAAGAAGAAGCAAGCGAACUCACAAUCCCCAACCCCGUACUCAUCAUGGACGGCUCGUCGCCGUGGCUCCUCCCAGUCCCAGUCCAGAAACUGACGGCCAUGGUCAAGACCCGAGUACCGGUCGUCCAGUACGCAAGGUUCCUCGAAAGACAGCAUGGGCUUGGACAUGGAGUCGGCGAAGGAGAGAGCAAGAACGGAUGGUGUGCGGUGUGCUUGAGCUGCAUCGAGGAGAAGGACGAGGUCAGGGAGCUGAGCAACUGCUCCCACGUGUUCCACAGGGAGUGCUUGGAUCGCUGGGUGGACCACAAUCAAGUGACUUGUCCCCUCUGUCGGUCUCUGCUUUUCCCCUUCUAA